CUCGAUCAGAUCUCUCUCUCUCUCGUGUUCUGCCAUGGACGACCUUCCCGUAGAGAAGAUAGCAAUAUCGGGCCCAACCCUAGCCUCCCUGAUGCAACGGUUUUCCUCCUCAUCAGGUCCCAUCGACGGUCUCCUCUUCGGCCACGUGUCCCUCCUCACACCCUCCACCCUCUCCGACGACUCAUCCACCACCACCACCUCCUCCUCCUCCUCAGAAACCCUAAUCGCUACUGUCACUUCCUUCCUUUCCUCCUCCUCCACCUCCCUCUCCUUCUACUCCCCCUCCGGCCGUGUCAACCCUUCUCACCUCGCUCCCUCCUCCUCUUCCUCCCUUCUUGGGUGGUUCUCUGCUCGCCGUAAAUCUCCUCUCCGUCCCUCCAUGCGCGAAUUCUCGGUCUCCGAAUCUCUCUCCUCUCUGCCCAACCUUUCCUUCCCCAUCCUCAACUCCUCCUCCUCCCUCUCCCCUUGCAUUUUCCUCCUCCUCACCACUCCGAUCCCUGACCAAGCCAUACACACUCACGAGUACCGUGCGUACCAAUUCUGUGCCUCCACUGAAUCCUUCGAUCCCAAGUCCGUCGACAUCGUCAAUAUCGGCCCCGCGUUCCGUGGCCACUACGGCGCUUUUAGCCCUAACUCUAACUUUCCGUCAUUGGCCUGCGAGUUGAGGAGUUCAGCCAUGGUUGAGGACAAGAAGGAGCAGGAAGAGAGCUCGAGUCGUAUUAAGCAGGCGGCCGAGGACCAGAGGCAUCUCGAUCAGUGUGCCGAAGGGUUCGAGAUCGGGAGAUUGAGUGGGCUGAUGGGCUCCGAGGCCACCAAUUAUACGGCCGGGUUGGAGGAUUUGUACGAGAAGAUGCUCGCCAAGAUCAAGAACUUGGCGAGGGAAGUGGAGUUGAGCUCUGCUAAGGUUUUUGAGCAGGAAAAUCACAACAGGAAGUUGAGGCAGAAAGCUGCUCGGUACGCUGGAUCAGAGUAACUUCCAUAGCCUUGGCGUCUAUUUUUAUUAUUCUAUACGAGGGAUUAUUGUUUACAUGCUUAUGUGGGCUCAAUGGGGAAGCAUGCUCAGUUUUCAUUUGAUGACGAGCUAGAAUUUUGAGAGCAAAAGGUUUAAGAAGAUUCGAAUCACCUUCACUGCCUCACUUUAUUUAUCUUCUUGGUUUUUUUGUUUUUGCUGGAAACAACCAAAACAGGAAAAUGAAUGAUUUUAUCUUGAAGCGUACCGGUAAGAGAUCCUGGAACUGCUAGCAAGACGCCCCGCAGUUUGAUCUGAGGGGUGACAUUUGAGCUGAAGAUGGCUGAUAACCACGGAACCACAGUUUAUAUGUCAUUUUGUUGUGGUAUAUGGUGGUUUUUAAGACGAAGGAUGGCAUAAUUUUGCCUAUAUCGUCAAGUCAUGUGUGUUGAUAGUGUUAUCCUUGUUUUGUUCGUCUUUUGCUAUUGAAAAUUUGAAAUUCCCUUUCUUUUCUUUUU